UCCAUUCGAUUUCUCUGAAGCCAAAGACGAGAAAGUUUCAGAGAGAGAGAGACAGACAAGAGAAAAAAGAAUAUCGGGAGAAAGAAAGAGAGAGAUUUAUUCCUUGUUCGAUAUCCGUUUGAAGAGAUUUUGUUCUAUCGAUUAGAGAUGGCUACGAGACAGGUUGUUCCACAACAAGCGAGAGGUGAGGGAGUAGUAGGGGUAGGUAGACAGAAGAAGAAUGCAGCGGCCGGUGAUGGAAGAAACCGCCGCGCACUUGGUGAUAUCGGUAAUCUUGUAACUGUUCGAGGAAAUGACAUUAAGCCUCAAGCCCAGAUUACUCGUCCCAUAACAAGGAGUUUCUGUGCACAACUACUAGCUAAUGCUCAAGCCGCAGCAGCCGCGGAAAACAACAAGAAACAAGUUUGUGUGAAUAUCGAUAAGCCGGCACCUGCUGCUCUUGUGGAUGGAGUUGUUGCAGUAAAGAAGGCUGCGGCAGGAAAAGCAGUGCCAAAGAAAGUAGCAGCAGUGAAGACAAAACCAAAAGAAAUCAUUGAUAUAAGCUCUGAUACAGAAGAAGCUAAGGCAAAUGAUAAGCGUGAGAAGCAGCAAUUGCAGAAGAAAAAAGAGGGAGGAGAAGAAGACAAGCCCAAGAAGAAAGCAGCACCCACUCUUUCUUCAGUCCUUACUGCCCGGAGCAAGGCUGCUUGUGGUCUGGCUAACAAACCAAAGGAGCAGAUUGUUGAUAUCGAUGCAAAAGAUGCCAAUAAUCACUUGGCUGCUGUUGAAUAUGUUGAGGACAUUUACAAGUUCUAUAAGCUAGUUGAGAAUGAAAGCAGGCCUCACAACUAUAUGGACUCACAGCCUGACAUCAAUGAGAAGAUGAGGUCAAUUCUGGUGGAUUGGUUAAUGGAUGUCCAUCACAAGUUUGAACUUCAACCUGAAACUCUGUAUCUUGCCAUCAACAUAAUCGACCGGUUCCUUUCCGUAAAGAUUGUGCCAAGAAGGGAACUGCAGUUGGUUGGCAUCAGUGCCAUGCUUAUUGCCUCCAAGUAUGAAGAAAUCUGGGCACCUGAGGUCAAUGACUUGGUAUGCAUUGCAGACAGAGCUUACAGCCAUCAACAAAUAUUGGUCAUGGAGAAAACUAUAUUAGGCAAGCUUGAAUGGAACUUGACAGUGCCAACACAUUAUGUAUUUCUAGCUCGUUUCAUUAAAGCGGCUAUCCCUGAUCAAGAAGUUAGUCUACAGAUGGAGAACAUGGUGUAUUUUCUUGGUGAGUUGGGUAUUAUGCAUUAUGACACUAUAAUAAUGUUCUGCCCAUCAAUGCUUGCUGCCUCUGCAGUUUAUGUGGCUCGCUGCGCUCUGAAUAAGACCCCAUCUUGGACUGAGACCCUGAAGCUUCAUACAGGGUUCUCAGAAUCACAGCUUAUGGGCUGCGCCAAACUGUUGGCACUUUUCCACUCAAAAGCUGCUGAAAGUAAGCUUCAAGUUGUUUAUAGGAAGUACUCAAACCCUCAGCGAGGAGCUGUUGCCAUACUCCCCCCAGCCAAAUCUCUACUACUGGGUUCUGCUGGCAGUCAACUAUAGUUUGAAUUUAAGAGAUCUUCUCUUAUAAAUAACUUUUAGACAUGAUUCCUAUGUAUUUUUUUAGACAUGAUUUGGCAUGUGACAGUCACUAUUCUUUGUGAUUUCAAUCGAGAAGAUAAUAUAUCUCUUAUUUUUUUU